AUGGCGAGAUUAGAAAGCAUGGUAAUGGGAGUUUUGGGUUUGGUAUUAAUACUGUCGCCUUUGGCGAAAACCCAAUUAAACAUAGACGCAGUAAGUCCUUCACCAGAGAGUUAUGAAGAUAUUCAAUUUGGAGAGACUCCAGCCGAAGCUCCUUGGGGUGAAGAAGAUGAUUACUAUUAUGAUGAUGGUAAUGAUGAUCCAUAUAGCGAUUUCGUAGAUGAUUGUUUCACGAGGUUCGAUUUCAACUGUGAGAAACAAGUAUUCGAGGAUGCUCCUGCCCGCGGACAUGUCAGUAAAGACUGCUGCUUGAAGCUCAUCGAACUUGGUAAAGACUGCCAUGAUGCAUUGACAGAGUCUUUUACAGUGACGGAUGAAAAUAUAACUCGUGCCCAGUUUGAAGCUAAGAGCAAAGAGACUUGGGAUAAAUGUGUUCUCGAUUAUGGUUCUCAAACACAUCUUCCAUGA